GUGACGCCGAUGCCGACACCGACACAAGGGGGACGCGGCUCGGCGGCGCGGGCUCUGCGCGGGGCCUAGGGCGGCGGCGGGGCGCGCUCCCCAGGCGCGGCGGCGGCGGGAGGGGGGGCGGCGGCGGCUCCUCAGCGCGGCCGCCCCGGCCCUCGCCCCGGCCCUCGCCCCGGUACCUCCCUCUCCCCCUCCCUCGGCCCGCCCGUGUCCGCCCCGCCGGCCGCGGUGCGGAUGGCGGCGGCGGCCGCGGCGGCCGCCCCGGCUCUUUAUGCCUGCACCAAGUGUAACCAGCGCUACCCCUUCGAGGAGCUCUCCCAGGGCCAGCAGCUGUGCAAGGAGUGUCGGAUCGCCCACCCCAUCGUGAAAUGCACUUACUGCCGCUCGGAGUUUCAGCAGGAGAGCAAAACUAAUACGAUAUGCAAGAAAUGUGCCCAAAAUGUGAAGCAGUUUGGAACGCCCAAGCCUUGUCAGUAUUGUAACAUUAUUGCAGCAUUUAUUGGCACAAAAUGUCAGCGUUGCACCAACUCGGAGAAGAAGUACGGCCCACCUCAGACAUGUGAACAGUGCAAACAGCAGUGUGCUUUUGAUCGAAAAGAGGAGGGAAGAAGGAAGGUUGAUGGAAAGUUGUUGUGUUGGCUCUGCACACUGUCCUACAAGAGAGUGCUACAGAAGACGAAAGAACAGAGGAAGAGCCUAGGAUCUUCACAUUCUAACUCCUCAUCAUCGUCUCUUACCGACAAAGACCAGCAUCAUUCAAAACACCACCACCACCAUCACCACCAUCAUCAUCGUCACAGCAGCAGUCAUCAUAAAAUCAGCAGUCUGAGUCCAGAACAAGAUCAGGGACUAUGGAAACAGAGCCAUAAAUCCUCUGCAGCUAUUCAGAAUGAAACUCCAAAGAAAAAACCCAAACUGGAAUCCAAGCCAUCAAAUGGAGAUAGUAGCUCUAUAAAUCAGUCAGCAGACAGUGGAGGAACUGACAACUUUGUCCUCAUAAGUCAGUUGAAAGAAGAAGUAAUGUCACUAAAACGUCUUCUGCAGCAAAGAGAUCAGACUAUUUUAGAAAAAGAUAAAAAGUUGACAGAACUGAAGGCAGACUUCCAGUACCAGGAGUCUAACUUGAGGACAAAGAUGAACAGUAUGGAGAAAGCUCACAAGGAAACUGUGGAACAGUUGCAGGCCAAAAACAGAGAACUGCUCAAACAGGUUGCAGCAUUGUCGAAGGGUAAAAAGUUUGAUAAAAGUGGGAGUAUACUAACAUCUCCUUGAGGAACUGGUUAUUCGUUGGGUUUGCUACUCAAUGAAAAUUUGAGUAAUUCUGUGAAGCCCUUAAAAUCCUGUGUAGUGGAAAAAACUAUUUUUGCACACCAGAUUAGUUGGCAUGUUUCCUACACGUUUUUAUAAUUAAUAUGCAGCUUUUUUUAGUUACUGUUCAGAUGAAAUACUUCAACUGGCUUGAAGAAUGUUUUUAUUUUUUUGAUAUUGGAAACUUUUUGCCAGCAAUAGUAUUAAACAAUUGCAUAGAGAACAUAGCAGUGCUCUCUCUAAAAGGACAACAUGCAAUAACAAACUAGGUGUACUUUUUACAAAGCAGCAACUGAGUCUUUUAAACUACACUGAUGUCAGCCAAAAGUUUAUGAAUCUGCCGUGAUGCUGAAUGCUGGUUUCUGGCAACUGUUCUUUUACUUUGUAUCAAAAUAUAAAUUUAGAAUGGAAAUCAUGGUGCUCUCAAGUGAAACUAAAAAAAAAAAAGGCAUAUAUGUAUGUGUAAAUACAACUGUAAUGGUUAUAUUCUUAGUUAUAACAAGUAAUUAGUGUUUUACAUUCUUGUGAUAGGGAUUUACCGAAAGAUUAUCUAUUGUACAGUAACAGAGGCAGUGUCGUUUUUGUAAGAUUUACUGUAGAUUUUUCUUGCAAGUGCCUUUCUCCAACUGUUUAUUUAUAGGAAUGUUGGUAUUUUGUACAUAAGGUUUUUAUGUUUUAAAAUCAUGUUUAAUAAAUGUGUUAUGUAAAUAUAACUGUGUGUACAGAGGAAUCUGAAACAAAGAUCAAAGUGGCUAGUGCAGUGCUUGAAGCAGCAUUAAGAACUAGCUAAUCGAUGGACAGUGAGUAUUGGCUUUAGGUAACCUUUGUAGCUUGUGUCUGUGAGGUGUAGAAUUUUGUUAGUGCUGCUCAUGCCAAACACUUCCUGAACAAAAAACAAAAUGGGUUUUUUGCCACACUGGAGUUUAGUGGUUUGUUUAUAUAUUGUUCCCAUUCGGCACAGCGCUGCUUUUAAUUCCAUAGCAGACAUUGUACUCCCAAUGUCACGUCCUUAAUUAGCAAUAUACUCAAAGUUUUAAAAACAUUUAUUCCCCAUUGUCUGAUUUAAUGUACUUAGUUGUAACUUAUGGUGAUUCUUCUUAAUGAAUUGCGAGAUUCUCAUCCCCCAGUAAAACACACAGUAAGAAAAGGGUAGCCAAAAUGAAUGGUCUUGAAACUAAGGGAGUGGAUGUGGUGUCAAAGGGUGAGUGUUUUAAUGUUUUGAGUAGAUUUUGAUUCUAAAUUACAUCAGUUUAAGUUUAGCUCUGCUCCUAAUGGACAUAAGUCAUAUUCAGAAAUUUUUACUAAACAUAAUUUAGUAUACCCCAAGAUCUUCGUUCAGGAAGGCGAGAUAUGAAUCAGCAUAAAGUGAAGUAGACUUACCUAAGUAAAGGUUUAGUUCAGCUCUGGGUACUGAUUGGUAACAGGGUAACUGCUUAUAUUUCAGUAAGGUUAAUUGUGUAGAAUAAGCUACACACCUUUUAAUUAAAGAACUAAAAUCUAAAGUUCCUUGGCUGUGCACCCAUGUACUAAACUAUGAACACAUUUUCAGUAGUUCAAACAAAUUCCAGCAGUAAGAGACUACUGAAUAAUUUGAAAAAAAAUCAAGCUAGCUUGUUUCGUAUGGUAUACGUGUAUUUUUAUACCCUAAAAUGAACUUUGUAUGUUUAUAAAUGUUCUUCUUUAAACUUGCUAAACUAGGGUAGAGAAUGCUGCUAUCCUCUGGGGAAGUUUUUUGGUUUUGUUUUUUAAUACACAAAUGUAUGACUUUUUGAUACUGGGGUUUUUUUGCAGUUGAAUGCUGACCCAUGUUUGGUGAAAUUGGUUUUAAAACACAGAAAUGAUUGCAAAUUAAAAUGUUUGAAGUAAAAUCACUUAAUGAUAUCUGUUCAAGCUGCAAUAAGGACAUUUUAAAGGAACAAAGUGAAGUUCUAUAUUACAAGUAAUUGACUUUAUAAAUCCCAGUCUGAGAAAUUUUUAGGGGCUUCACAGUGUUUAGUUCCAAUUAAAUACCUGCAGGUUUACUUCCAUAAUCUCAUUUCUAACAUGAAUCUUUUAAAGUUGUAAACUAGCCAACUGAAUCCCAGUCCUGAAAACAGUGUCCUGGAGCUGUAGAUUAUUUAUGUAAUAAACUGAUGUUCUUUAAAUGUGCAUCUGCGAGGAGAUUGUUGUACUGUAUUGUGCUUUUUAGCCUGUUUCCAGAUGUUGAUUAGCAUUGACCAGUCAUGGCCAUUUUGGCUCAAGUUAUUUAUGUAUUUCAAGCCUGUGAAUAUUGCGGCCCCUUUUUAGAUUGUAUGUCUAAAUACGCGUUCUGUAGUGAAGCUAUUCAGCUGUCCAUAUGUAUAGACUAUUGAAAUACUGUACUGGCACACAUCUGACCGUUGACAUUUUGUACCUUUUCUAAAUCCAAUGUUUCACAAUAAAAUCUUGUCAAAACAUUCAUCUGUCCUUUUAAAAUUA